AUGAACCCGCCGGCGCCCGGCAAGACGGCUACGCGCUCAUCAGGGUAUAACCAGAAAGCGCUUGCCGAAAUACGUAAUUCAUUACUCCCAUUUGCCAAUAAUGGGAGUUUGGAGCCACCCGGUUCCUCUGCUGCCAGCACUGUUAGCUCAGGAGUCAGUUCUGGCUUCAGUUCAUCAUCAGGAAAUGGACUUGAUAAAGACUUGAGUGUGCUGCCGCAGUCGCUCAAUCAGCUGAUAGCUCUGGGUUAUGAUGAAGAUCCAGCUGUUAAGGCAUUGAAAUAUGCAGGUGGCCGUUUUGAUGCGGCACUCGAUUAUCUUUCGAAGAAACAGGAACCUCUAAAUGGCGUGCUUAAAUCGAGUAACUUAAGCGUUCUAAGCACGAAGCUUAUAAGAAAACCAAGUUUAGAGCGUGAAAUCAAUCUACAUAGAGGAAGUCCGGCACUUGACUCUGGGGCCGGAAGUUCCAGAUCGGACAGUCCGCGGCAAUCUGAUGCUCCCCCAUUACCUCAUGAGAAAUUGAGUAGGCAGUAUUCGCCAUCAGGCUUUUCCGAACCCCCUCCUCCCCCGCCGCCAAGAUGUCCUUCUACUCCCCCAGUCCCCCCUUCAGUACAACAGUACAUGAAGCGGAUAUCACCAGCUCCUCCCUUACCACCUGCCCGGGGGACCAGCCCGGUGGCGGCCGGAGCCCCCGCGCCGCCUGCACGCCAGCCAAUGAUAGUUCAAAAUGGCCCCCAAGCUCAGCAACAAUUUUCACAGCAAAUUCAAGCGUUGAGCAUUUUUCAAACAGGAGGAGGUGCAGAGUUACCCCCUCCAUAUCCUCUACCGGGUGUGCCGCCUCCACCACCAUAUUCAGUGUCCGUACAAAACCGGCAAAGUCCCACGCAAUCCCAGGACUACAGAAAGAGUCCGUCCUCGGGGAUAUACUCAGGCGGAACUUCGGCUGGUUCUCCGAGCCCGAUAACGGUGACGCAAUCAACGGGCUCGGCGUCCGGGAUGACUCGCCCUACGCCUAUCCAGGCGUGGACAGCGAGACAAGCAGUUCAACCUCCGAUAAUAAUGCAGUCGGUGAAGAGUACUCAAGUUCAAAAGCCCGUUUUACAAACAGCCAUCGCGCCAGUCGCCCCACCGCCGGUAGCCAGUUCUGUAGUGCAACCACCCCCGCCUUCGUACGCUAGCUCGAUACAGCAGAAACAGGCUCAAACACCCCCAAGCUACCCUCUAGCCCCUAAGCCCUCAUCGCCAGGGUCUACCCCGCCGGUCAUACCGACUGCAACCACUCCCACCGUCCCCACUACAGAGCCUCCGAGCUACGCAAUAACCAUGCAAGCAUUAGCUGUGCAAAGAGGAAUGCAUCCUAUACCACCACCGCCCUACGGAAAUCCAAGCGAUAAUACGACAACAGUCAAUUCCCACCAUUUACCGUUACAUAAAAAGUUCUCUAAUAACUGCGACGUGAAAGGAGAAAUGUCUCAAAUGGAAAUAAAAUGUCCGAAUCAGAAUUGCAAUUUGCUAAAAGAUGCACCGUCUGGUUCCGAUAAAAGUUCAAACGGUUCUUCGGAGAGGCGACCCAAGGGUGGCCCGGAGAAGAUCAGGCAUCAAUCACCAAUUCCUGAGAGAAAGAACAUUAGUAAAGAAAAAGAGGAUGAAAGAAGAGACUGUAAAGUUAGGAAUUAUUCCCCACAAGCCUUCAAAUUUUUCAUGGAACAACACGUUGAGAACAUUCUAAAAAGCUACAAACAGCGAACGUAUCGUCGUAUGCAGUUGGAGAAGGAAAUGACUAAAAUUGGUCUCAGUGCAGAAGCUCAGGAUCAGAUGAGGAAGAUGUUAUCCCAAAAGGAGUCUAAUUAUAUAAGAUUGAAACGAGCGAAGAUGGAUAAGUCCAUGUUCACAAAAAUAAAGCCCAUUGGCGUUGGAGCUUUUGGGGAAGUGACGCUUGUGAGAAAGAUCGAUACUAGUCAUCUCUAUGCCAUGAAAACGCUUCGUAAGGCUGACGUGUUGAAGCGAAAUCAAGUAGCGCACGUGAAAGCCGAGAGAGAUAUUCUAGCUGAGGCAGACAACGAGUGGGUUGUGAAGUUGUAUUACAGCUUCCAGGACAAAGAUAAUUUGUAUUUCGUAAUGGAUUACAUACCGGGCGGUGAUUUGAUGUCGCUCUUAAUUAAAUUGGGCAUUUUCGAAGAAAACUUAGCUAGGUUUUAUAUAGCGGAGCUUACGUGCGCGGUGGAGAGCGUGCAUAAAAUGGGAUUUAUUCAUAGGGAUAUCAAACCUGAUAACAUCCUCAUAGAUCGCGAUGGACACAUCAAGUUGACUGACUUCGGUCUGUGCACGGGCUUCAGGUGGACGCACAAUUCGAAAUAUUAUCAGAGGAAUGACCAUGGACGACAAGACUCAAUGGACCCGGUGGACGGCGAAUGGGGUGCGAUGGGAGAAUGUCGAUGUCACCAACUAAAACCCUUAGAGAGGCGGCGUAAAAGGGAACAUCAGAGAUGUCUCGCCCACUCUCUAGUGGGGACACCAAAUUAUAUAGCACCAGAGGUGUUGCAAAGGACCGGGUACACGCAGUUGUGUGACUGGUGGUCGGUGGGAGUCAUCCUGUAUGAGAUGUUGGUCGGUUCUCCCCCGUUUCUGGCUGCGACGCCCGCUGAAACUCAGCUUAAGGUAAUAAAUUGGGAGAGCACUCUCCACAUACCAGACGCGGCGAAUCUUUCGCGAGAGAGCAAAGACCUGAUACUACAGCUUUGCUCCGGUCAAGAAAUUAGACUGGGCAAAGACGCUACCGAAGUGAAAAACCACCCUUUCCUCAAAAGUAUAGACUUUGAAAAGGGAUUGAGGAGACAAGUGGCCCCCUACAUACCCAGGAUAGAAUACCCGACCGACACAUCCAACUUCGACCCAAUCGACCCAGAUAAACUGAGGAACUCUGGAAGUUCAGAUUCGAAUAAAUCAGACAGUGAGUUGCUCGACAAUGGGAAAACCUUCCAUGGCUUCUUCGAAUUCACCUUCAGAAGGUUCUUCGACGAUGGAUACACGAACAAAAUAAAUCUCGACGACAACGACAACCAAGGCCCCGUCUACGUA